AUGGCCUCAAUAUAGGAAUUAAUUGGUAUGGAAAAUAAUUUGAAAUAGAAAAUAAAAACAGAGUAUAGCUCUUUUAUUGCAUCCCCUAAAAGCAAAGAAAUGGAUACAUAAGAUACUUUAAUUAAGAGAUUGUCAGAUGGUUAUAAAUUGUAAUAGAAGUAGAAUGAGAGAUUAUUGGAAACUAUAACAAAGUAGGAAAAUCAAAUAAGACAAUUGUAGGAUGUAGUAAAGUUGUAAUAAAAAGAGAUUGAUCGAUUGAUACAUAUUAAUGAAUACUUUAUGUAGGCAAAUUAAACAAAAUUAAGUAUAUUAAGAGAUGAGAGAUAAUUAACUUAAGGAAGUAAACCAAAUAUAAAGAAUAAGAAUAAUAAAUCAUUAUUACCAAUAGAGAAGAAGACUAAUAAAAUAUUAGAAGAAGGCAACACCUAAUCAGUAAAGUUAUUUAGAAGACAAACGUUUAGGAAUCCAACUUUGGUUAAAUUUCAUUAAGAUGAUGGAGAUUUAUUUAAAAAUGAUAGGAAUGUAUCUGGAGCAUCCAAUUUUUAUGAUAUUUUGUAAUAAGAAGAUUGUUUUAGAACAAAUGCAAUUUUGAAUAUUUAAUUAUGUAAUUAUUAAUAUUAAAGGAUUAGCUGAUGAAGAUGCAACUACUUAAUAUAAUAUAGAUGGUACUGUGUCAUUAAUGAAAGUACUUUUAGAAUCUGAAGAAAGUUUUAGCGAUAUUAUUCAAUCUAUUUCAGCUUAGAAAUUAUCAUUCUUAUAUGAUAAAUUUAAAAGGAUAAUGUCAGAUCAUUAAUAAUUGUUUAUUUUAGUUUUGAGACUUAAAAAAAUAGUAACAGGAGCAUUAUAGAUGAAUUCAUCAGUUUUAUUAGAUGAUGCAUUAUAGACUAUUAUAGAUAAAUGUUUGGAUUGUUUAGAAUGUGAUAGAGCAUCUUGUUUUAUUGUUGAUUAGGCAAAAAAAGAACUUUGGACAAGAGUAGCUAAAGGUACUUAAACUACGAUAAGAUUAUAAAUUGGAUAAGGACUUGCUGGAUUUGUUGCUUAAAAUCGAAUUAUUUUGAAUAUUGAAGAUGCCUAUAGAGAUUAAAGAUUUAAUACUUAAUAGGAUGUUAAGAAUAAUUAUAAAACAAAGACUGUAUUAGUAUCACCAAUUUUGGAUGGAGACAAAUGUAUGGGAGUAUUAUAAUGUGUUAAUAAAUAAAAUGGAUAUUUUACAAAGGAUGAUGAAGCUCUCUUAUAAAUUAUGGGAGAAUUCAGUAAAAGCGUAUUAAAAAAUGCUAUGAAUCAUGAUGCUUAAAUGCUUAUUUAAAAUAAAUUAAGACAUAUUAUUAAAACUGGUAUUAUACUUUAAAGUAAGUAAGAUAACCUUAUAAAUUUAAUUCUAUCUUCUGAAGAAAGAUUACGAUCUUUGAUGAAUGUAGAUUUAGCCAAAGUUGUUUAUUAUAAUCAACUUUUAUAUCAUAUUAAUAAAGAAGGCAAACUUUCAUAAUCUGAUAGUUUGUUAGGUAUCAUGGGAUUAUGUAUAAAAGAUCAACAAUUAGUAGCUGUGAGUAAUUGUUAUACUAGUCCUAUUUUUAAUCCAAAUAUUGAUAUAGAAACUAAUAUGCCCAUUAUUUGUAUGCCUCUUAAAACAUAGAAUCAUUUAAUAAUUGGAGCUAUUUAAGUCAUAAAUGUUAAGGGUAUUGGUAACAUUUCUUCUAACAUUGAAGCUAAGAUAAAUUCAAUUGAUUUAGAUAUGUUGGAACUCUUUUGUUAGCAGUGUGCUUAAAGUUUCCAAUACUGCAAAUAAUAAUUCUAAUGA